CUUGCCAAAGGCGCUCCCUAAUUUAUAACUUUCAACACACGACCCAUGUCUACAAUGGAUCUCCAAAUUCGCAAAGCAACACUCCAAGACGCUCCUGGAAUUGCCCGCGUCCACGUCCUUGCUUGGCAGGAAGCUUACCACGGCAUCGUACCGCAACCCUAUCUCGCCUCCCUAGAUAUUGCCGCACGCACCGAAAUCUGGAAGUCACGGUUAGACCAAAGUACCAUUGAGGUUUUUGUGGCUAUUCUAGAUAAUCAAAUAUGCGGGUUUGCAAGUGGUGGUCCAGCACGCGAACCAAUCCAUGGUUUUGACGGCGAGUUCCAUGCGAUUUAUCUCUUCCAAACAGCCAAGGGCAAGGGGAUCGGCAGGCUGCUGAUGCGUCGUGUUGCAGAAGCACUUCAGGCCAGAGGAUUUUCUAGGGCAAUGCUGUGGGUCCUUAAAGACAACUCUUCACGCGGUUUCUAUGAGCGGUUAAGUGGGAAGGAAUUUGCGCAGAAGAUCGAUUCUAUUGGCGGUGCCAACCUAGUAGAAGUCGCCUAUGGCUGGGAAGAUCUUCAAGUCUUCUAGCUCCAAUGAUCACGACUUGGGUGUGCAGGUGUGGUCGGUCUAAAAAUGGCAGAUUCCGGUCCAGGUCUUGUUGUAUCAGCCAGCCUUGAGCCUCAAUCUAGCUUCGUCUUAGCUUCGGAUACGCCUUUCUCGGUAGUGGAAUAAGUGGUUGCCUAUGUUAAGAUAUACAUUGUUUUAAGUUUGAUGGUACACA